AUGGAGUUUGUAAACCACACCAUUGUGACAGAGUUUAUCAUUUUGGGAUUAACAGGGAAUCCUACAUUGUGUGUAGUUUUCUUUGUGAUAUUUAUGGGAGUAUACGUUGUCACCUUAAUAGGCAAUGCCAGCAUAAUUACUUUAAUAAGAAGUUCUUCCCAGCUCCACACCCCCAUGUACCUGUUCCUUAGUCAUCUGGCUUUUGUAGAUAUUGUAUAUUCAACAUCAGUCACACCAAUAAUGCUUGCAGAACUCCUUGGACAUGGCCUGGCCCUUCCUGUGAAUGGUUGUGUAGCCCAGCUCUGUAUUACAGUGUCAUUUGGGUCAGCCGAGUGCUUCCUGCUGGCUGCCAUGGCCUAUGACCGCUACGUGGCCAUCUGUUCGCCAUUACUCUAUUCCACACACAUGUCCCCCAUAGUCAGCUCUGUACUGUUGGGAGCUUCCUAUGUGGGUGGCUGCAUGAAUGGUUGGACAUUUGCUGGUUGUCUGUUAAGUCUGUCCUUCUGUGGACCAAACCAGAUAGAUCACUUUUUCUGUGAUUUCCCACCUGUAUUGAAACUUUCCUGCUCAGAUGUCUCCAUUAUUGGAAUUAUUCCUUCCAUCUCCUCUGGCUCCAUCAUUGUGCUAACAGUAUUUGUCAUAGGCAUCUCCUACAUCUACAUCCUCAUCACCAUCCUGAAGAUGCGCUCCACGGAGGGCCGCCAGAAGGCCUUCUCCACCUGCACCUCCCACCUCACUGCGGUCACUCUCUACUACGGAACCAUCACAUUCAUUUAUGUGAUGCCCAAGUCUAACUACUCCACUGAGCAGAACAAGGUGCUAUCUGUGUUCUAUACAGUGGUGAUCCCCAUGUUGAACCCCCUCAUCUACAGCUUGAGGAACAGAGAUGUGAAGGAAGCCCUGAGAAAGAAAACCCUCAGAAUAUAUUCGUAG